CCUUUUAUGGUAAUUAUCUCACGUACUUCGAACUCGCGAGGACUCUGCUGUGUGGGCGCUACCAGAAGGCAAAGCGGCGGUCACCAAUACGUCGAGUCGUGCAGCAGCUGCUCUGCAGCUUUGCAUAAGGAGUUUGCAAUAACCAGUAGAAGUGUUCAAGGGAUAAAUUAUCUCCAUGGCUAAAAAACGACUUGAGAAGAAAUUGUUUAAUGUAAAAAAAAACGAUGGUGAAGAAGGCAAUGCAUUGGAAGAGAAUGAUUGCGACAAUGCAUUACACAUAAGAGCGAAAGAUGUUGAAUUAAGCCGUAAAGAUGAAAAGAAGAGAAGUAAGAAAAGACAUUUGGCAAAUUCUAUUGUUGUUGAACGGGGUGCCAUUAAAAAUGAGGCUGAGGAGAAAGGAACAGAAAGGAACAAUGCAUUGCCUAUAAGAGCAAAAGAUGUUGAAUUAAGCAAUAAAGAUGAGAAGAAGAAAAGUAAGAAAAGCCAUUUGGUAAAUUCUAUUGAUAUAGAACUGGGUGCCACUCAAAUUGAGGCUGAGGAGAAAGGAACAAAAAGGAAGAAGAAAAAGGUUGAGAGUGAUAUACUUGAGUUGGAAGCAAAAAGAGAUGGGAAACGAAGACACAAGGAGAAGAAUAAAGAUGGAAGUAUUGAUAAUCCAUCUAUGAUCCAGGAAAUCAACGAUAAACUUGAAACUAUAAUUAAGGAUCAACAAAUUCCUGGGAGGGAAGAAGCUACUGAAAUGCUGCAUAGAGAAGAGGGUAAUAAGAGUAAUAGGAAGGAAAAGAAGCAGAAGAGGCAAAAGGAAGGUGGUGUUGCCACAAUGAUGGACAAUAUAACUGAUGAAAAUGAUGGCAUGGAGCAUCUUGAUGAUAAGGCCCUUGAGAAGGUGAAGUCCAAGAAGGAUGAGAAGAAAAAGAAGCAGCAGCAAAAUGAUGAUUUGGGGGCUAGGAGAGAAGGUAAUAAAGGUGCAAAUGAUGAUAAAGACUGCAUGGGCAGUGGUGGCAGUGAGGCAAAGGGUGGAAACAUUGAAUUUUCGUCUGUUAACGCAGAAGAUGUAAAAAAGGACAAGAAGAAGAAGAAGGUGAAGCUAGCGGAAAGUGGUACAGAGGAGAAAGGUCAUAAAGCAGGGAAAAGAGGCAAAAGAAGUGUGAAGACUUCUGUUCCAUCUGAAAAUCCUAUGCCUAACAAGAGGUCCAAAAAAGUCAGCUUUUCUGAUCAUGUGGAGGUUUUUCCUUCUUCCGAUGACGACGGCAAUGGAAAUGUCAACCAGGAAGAUGGAUUGGUGCGUGGAAAGCGAUUCUCAAAAGAAGAAGAUGAGAUACUUAAAGAGGCUGUUUCCAAAUACAUAGAAGCUCAUGGUUUAGGUGAAGAAGGGAUAGAGAUGAUUAUGCGCUGUUCGUCUUACCCAGAAACUAAAAAUUGUUGGAAGGAAAUAGGGGCGGCCUUACCUUGGAGGCCAAAAGAAAGUGUCUAUUAUCGGGCCCACAUUUUAUUUGAAAGGGAUGAGAAGCGCUCAUGGACUGCAGAGGAGUAUGAACUUAUCCGUAGGUUUCAUGAAAAACAUGGAUCAGAUUGGAGAACAUUGGGUGAUGCACUUGGCAAGCAUAGGAUUCAUGUUAAAGAUACAUGGCGGAGAAUAAAAUUGCCCAGUAUGAAGAAAGGCCAGUGGUCCCAAGAGGAGUAUCAAUCUCUAUUUGAUUUGGUGAACAUGGAUUUGCGUAUGAAGUCUCUUGAAGAAAAAAAAAGCAAGCAUGGAAUGCUGCGGGAUAAUAUCUGUUGGGAGGCAAUUAGUCAAAAAUUGGAAACCAGAAGUAAUUCAACCUGCUGCAGGAAAUGGUAUUAUCAGUUAACAUCUCCAAUGGUAGCCGAAGGUAAAUGGGUUGAUGCCGAUGAUUACCGUUUGUUGGAUGCACUUUUAAAUUUGGAUGCUUGCUGCAUUGAAGAUGUGGAGUGGGCCAAUCUUUUGGAGCAUAGGACUGGAGAUAUAUGUAGAAAGAGAUGGGACCAAAUGCAUCGACAUAUAGGCGAGCUUGGGGUCAAGACAUUUCCUGAACAAGUUGAGAUUCUUUCAAAGCGAUACUGUCCUGACUUGCUUGAGGCAAGAGAGGCCUACGAUAAUAGACCUACAGUUCCAUGAGUCCACUGUCCUAUCCGGCUGUUAAUGCUAGAUUGUUAUAUGUAGAAGUUGAGCUUGCUAUUUCAAUUUGCAGAACAAUAGCAAUGCUUAUGUGAGGAUAUUUUUGAGUAAUCUUAAGAUUGGGGUCAUGGAUCUGGUUUCAGCUCCCUGGUUUUUAUGUAAUCUACAGAAUUACAGUGACUGGUUCUUAAAUGUCUUUUAUAAGGAUUCAGUUGUUUAAAUGUUAAAAAA